UGAUGGCGGUGCGUGAACGCGCGGCGGCAGCAAUGGCCGCUCUGGAGCGGCGGGUGCCGAGUCUCGAUGACUUCGCGGGACAGAGCUGGAGCUCGUGGGUGGAGCGGGCCGAGCUGCCCGCGGCCGACGGGGCUGAGUUGGAGGAGAGUAACAAAAACCUGAAGAAGUUGGAUGCCAUGACCCUCAUUAAAGAAGACAUGUCCAUCUUCGGGCACUGCCCUGCCCAUGACGACUUCUAUUUGGUUGUAUGUAACCAUUGCAGCCAAGUGGUGAAGCCUCAAGCUUUCCAGAAGCACUGCGAAAGAAGACAUGGGCCGCUCAGCAAGCUUUACGCCCGGGCCCCACCCCCACCUCCAGCCCCUGCCAGCUCUCAGAAAUGCCAUGUAGUGAACGGUCAGGGCCCAGCUUGUAGGGCCCCAGGUUCCACCAAAACCUCCUCCAGGGAGAAGGGCCAGGGGUCCCGGAGCCGUGGCCACCAGGCUCCAGAGAAGACCCAGAAGGACAACCUCUGCCUUUUCGUGCCUGUGGUGAAUCUGGAAAAGAUGUCCAGUCUCCCGAAGCCUGAUGGACAUGGAAUCAGGGUGGCUCCGCCCUCUGCUUUCCUCAGCCAGCCGGCUGGCCUCACCAAGGACUCCCCUGGAAAAAACCCCAUGGCAUCCCCUUCUAAAGAACUUCCUGGCAGAGGGAGCAUCGAGAUAACCCCCAGCGAGGGCUCCAGUCACCGGGCUGAAGGCAGCCCGUCUGAAAAGGAGCCUGGUGGGGCCAGGCUGCCCCCUAAAACCCACCGGAAGAUGGCUCGGAAGGAGUGCGACCUCAACAGGCAGUGUGGGGUAAUAAAUCCAGAGACCAAAAAGAUCUGUACCCGCCUGCUGACCUGCAAGAUCCACUCCGUGCACCAGCGCAGGGAAGUCCAGGGCCGAGCCAAGGACUUUGACGUGCUGGUGGCAGAGCUGAAGGCCAACUCCCGCAAAGGGGAGUCUCCCAAGGAGAAGAGCCCAGGGCGCAAGGAGGCAGCUCUUGAGCGCCCCUCCCAGGAGCCCCCCUCCUCAGUCCAGGUUGUGGCAGCAGUGGCUGCUCCCAGCAGCACCUUCUCUGCUCGUGCCAAGCAGACCUACCCAUACUGUGCACUGCCCAGGUCCCGGGCCUCUUCUGAGAGUGAGUUGGAUGAUGAAGGCCCUUGUGGUGGUGAUGGGGACCCAGGCCUGUUCCCCUUCCCCCUGCCCCGGGGUGGUGCCCAGGCCUCCAGCGAGGAGAGUGAGGAGGAGGGGACAUCUGAUGACCUCCACCUCCCCACUGACUGCCAUUAUGCAACCCGGCCCCCUCGGCCGCAGGCGUUCUGCACCUUUGGGAGCCGGCUGGUGAGUCCAGGAUGCUACGUGUUUAGCCGCCGGCUGGACCGGUUCUGCUCGGCACUGAGCUCUAUGCUGGAACGGCACCUCAGCUCACACAUGUGGAAGAAGAUCCCCCCGGCGGCUGAGCCUCCAUCCCACCUUGUCAGCUCCCCGCCAUCUGCUCCCCUGAGCCCAUCCUCUACGGGCAGCUGCCCCCGCCUUCCAGGCCCACCCCCCAGACCUGCCUGCCCAGCCUCCACGCCGCCCACCAAGGACAGCCUUGGCCCUGGCUACCCUGCAGGCUCCCCCAACGUGGCAGCCGCCUGCAGCCAGGCGGAGUGCAUGGGUGGGAGCCAGGCUAUCACCUCACCACUGCCUGCCAACACACCUUCCCCGUCCUUCAGCAAGCUCCCACCUUCCAAGGCCAGCAAGUCAUCCAAAGGCAAGGACGGGCUCGAGGUGGAGGCUCCUUCUCGAAAGCGAAAGUUAUCCCCUGGGCCCACCACUUUCAAACGGACCUGCGUCCUGGAGCCCACUGGAAAAGGCAAACCCUCUGGCUGCCGGGGCCUCUCAGCCAAGACUAAAACAGGCCUGGGCAUGGGGCUUAAUGGGACGGUGGAGCCAAGAGUGAAGCGGGCAGGGCCCCUGGACUGUCGGGGUUCCCCUCAUCAGCCCCCCACGCCAGUCAAGGCUUCUCAGCUGGACAACCAGGGAGCGGCUGGACACCCGGCCAAGGCCCUGCCGACCAACUGCCUCUCUGAGGAGGAGGUAGCCAAGAAGCGGAAAAACCUGGCCACUUACUGCCGGCCAGUGAAGGCCAAGCACUGCCAGGCUGGUGCCCCUGCCGAUGCGGCCUGCUCUGUGCGCCGCAAGAAGCCGGGUCCAGCCCUGGCCUUUGAGGAGAAGUGUUCUACACUGAAGUCAAAAGCCCAUUAACAAGAAAGUGCCUGCCCACUGCGAUGGAGCCGCCAGCACCUCCUCCCCUCCAGAUCCGGGCCCCAGGCUGCUGCCGCUUUUUAUAACUUUAUAUUAUUUUUUUUAAGAAAAAAAACUCUUUAAA